GAAAAGGACUACUUGCAAGCUGCGAAAGAGGGUUGCAUUGUUGCAGCUGGUUUUUUCAAAGGGAUAACUGGAAUAGCAAGUUACUGGAGUGUCUGGGUGUUCAGGUGGCAGAGCUGGGAGGGGGGAUAGGGUGGAAUAUCCAGCUAGGUCGCAAGAUACCUGUGCCUCGAUUGUGCGAUUAGCUAAUUAGCUGGCUAGCUAACAUUAGCUAGCUGGUCAGCCAGCUUGGCCAGUCUUCGCUCUUGUAAAUUAAUGCCCUUCACUCCCGGAACUCUGCUCCACACCAGGCAAUAUAAUUAGCGAAUCGCCAUUAUAUGAUCCAGGACCCGGCGCCACUGUUGCCCUCCAUGUGGGCGAGGGACCUGGUUUUGUCGGAUUAUGGCGAGAAAAACAGUUAGCAGGAAAAGAAAGACAGCAGAGUCCAAAGAACAACAGCUGGGCUGGUGCCAGUCGCCCCACAAGCGCGCACGCGUCUCGUCGUGCUGGCGACGCGCGCAGCUGUCCGGCAGGUGGCAGCGCUCGGUGGUGUGCGCGCUGCGCGGCCGUGAGUUCCGGCCGCAGCCGCAGCAGGAGUGGCUGCUUCAGCGCAGCCUGCGGGGCGUCGCCGCCGGCCAGCUGCCCGGGAUCCUGCGCGAGCGCGAGUUCUCGCUGGGCCGCCUCAACAAGGUCUUCGCCUCCCAGUGGCUCAACCACCGGCAGGUGGUGUGUGGGACGAAAUGCAACACGCUGUUUGUGGUGGAUGUCCAGACGGGCCAGAUUACCCGGAUCCCCAUGCUGAAGGACAGGGAGGGCAGCAGCGCAGUUGGAGUGGGGACGGGGCUUGGAGGCUCUGCUCUGGGCUCUGGAUCAGGGUCCAGGCUGGACCAGCAGGGCUGUGGGAUCCAUGCCAUUGAGCUGAAUCCGUCCUGCUCCCUGCUGGCCACAGGAGGGGACAAUCCCAACAGCCUGGCCAUCUACCGCCUGCCCACGCUGGAUCCUGUCUGCGUCGGGGAUGAUGGCCACAAUGACUGGAUCUUCUCCAUCGCUUGGAUCAGUGACACCAUGGCUGUGUCAGGAUCCCGGGACGGCUCCAUGGGACUGUGGGAGGUAACAGAGGAGGUGCUUAGCAGGGCAGAGCAGCACCAGGAUGCCGAGGGGGUCCCUAGUUACUUGCACAUCUCCCACCGCGCCCUGAAGGACCUGCCGAAGGAAUACAGCAACCCCUACAACUGCAAAGUCCGGGCGCUGGCCUUCAACAACAACAAAAAGGAAUUAGGUGCAGUCUCCUUGGAUGGCUACUUCCACCUAUGGGAGGCGGAGCAUAGUCUGUGCAAGAUGCUGUCGAUGAAGCUCCCACACUGCAAGGAGAACGUGUGUCUGGCGUAUGGGCAGGAGUGGUCUGUGUACGCUGUGGGUUCCCAGGCUCAUGUUUCCUUUCUGGACCCCCGCCAGCCCCCCCACCACAUCAGGUCCGUCAGCUCCCGGGAGCGGGGCAGCGGUAUCCGCUCUGUGAGUUUCUAUGAGCACAUCGUGACCGUGGGCACAGGCCAGGGCUCCCUGCUGUUCUACGACAUCCGGGCCCAGCGCUUCCUGGAAGACCCGUCCAGUCCGUCCCGUGGGUACAAGCCACGCCCCGGCGAGGGAAACCUCAGACUCACCACUGGCAAGGGCUGGCUGAAUCAUGAUGAAACAUGGAGGAGCUACUUCUCGGACAUCAGCUCCUUCCCCAAUGCGGUCUACACGCACUGCUAUGAUGCCUCAGGCACCAAGCUCUUUGUAGCUGGUGGACCCCUGUGCUCCGGCCUGCAUGGAAACUACGCUGGCCUCUGGAGCUAGCACGUUGGGACACGCCCGGGGACACACCCUCUCCCCAUCCUCUCACUCCUCUUCCAUGCCUCUGUCAGUCUCUCCAUCCUUCUCUUUUUCUAUUGCAUUCUCAUCUACUUUGACUUACUCUCAUUCUUUCCAUCUGUUCCUCUCCUCUUGCUUUCCCACCCUCUGAUUUAUUUUUUGGAAUAAACCAGUAGUCCUGCUGUCUCCAUCUCUUUUUCUCUGCUGAUCUUUUGUUCUCAUCACAAGCUCGCUUUUUCUCCAACUUCUGUCAUUUUCAGCCUAAA